AAUACGUCCAGAGAGGACGGGGUGGUGGGGGCCAUCCAGGCUCCGACGACGAGGCGACCGCCAUAGCCCGCCUCUAUUGUCCAUUCGGCUGCGUUUGUGGUACCCCUCCCCUCCCCUCGUCUUACCAGCAUUCGAAGGCCCAGCGCUGAACAUUACGACUACUAAUCAUUUCCUGGCUAUUUCUACAUUUUGAGGAAGUCUGGAUUACUGUAAUUCACGUCAGCGUCUAUUGGUUACGGGUACUGUAGAUCGAAGUAGAUCAAAAUGCGUCUGUUAAAGACGUUGUUGAUUCACUGGCUUAGUCAGCUAUGUUGGUGCAGCAUUGAUCGACGUCCAGACAAUUUUUUCUCACGAGGAGAUCUCGAUUACCGUAAUCUUGUGCUUGAUGCCAACUCCGCGUCCUUAUUUGUUGGUGCUCGAGGACGAAUUUUCCGAUUAUGGGCUUACAAUGUAAACGAUACCUCGGAAAACUUGUUUGUGGAUUUGCGAGCUACAGUACCACCAGCCGAAUUGUCAGAAUGUCGGGCAUUGGGAAACUCGGCCGAAGACUGUCAACCUUCGACGAGAUUCAUGGCGUUACAGGAUAAUAAGGAACGUCUAUAUGUUUGCUCAUCUGUCGGUAUGCGUCCGGAAAUUCGUGUGCUUGACGCGGUCACCCUCCGGGAUCGGCAGGAACCGCGCACGGAAAUCGGAAUCUGUGCUCCUGAUCCAUCAGUAAAUGCUACGGCUGUGAUAGUUGAGUGGGGUAAUCCAAGCGAGCUACCAUCCGUUUAUUCGGGUAUCAGGACAGGAAUGGCUGGAGAGAAUCAUUUAAUCUACAGGCCGGCUUUGAUCGAGAAGGGGAAGGAGGUGUAUUCGAGCAUGAGGACUGUCUAUACGGAUAAUCGUUGGCUAUACGAACCCCAGUUUGUCGGCUCAUUUGACGUUGGAGAGCAUGUGUACUUUUUCUUCCGAGAGAUCGCCAUAGAAAGUGGUGGUUUGGAACGAAAUGUCUAUAGUCGAGUGGCUAGGGUAUGCAAGAAAGAUAUUGGUGGACGGGUUGUCUUGCGCCAAGUAUGGACCUCUUUCCUAAAAGCACGUUUGAAUUGCUCAAUAUCAGCACAAUAUCCCUAUUAUUUUGACAGGAUCCAAGCCGUAACUAGAGUCGAAACUUCCGAUGAUACCCUAUUCUAUGCGACAAUGAGCACUUCAGAAACAGCAUUUGUAACUUCAGCAGUUUGUGUGUUCUCAUUCAAACAUAUCAAUCAGCUCUUCCAUCAUGGUUUCUUCCUUGAUCCUACUAGCCCUACAUGGUUGCCACUACCAGCCGAUGCAGUCCCUGAACAUCGUCCUGGAACGUGCGUUCCAAAUUCUCACACACUGUCCGAUUCUGAUCUGCAUUUUGCAAAAUCGCAUUUGAUGAUGGCUGAGCCCGUGUCAGGAGGAGUACCUAUCUUACCUACUCGCGACGUGGUCUUUACUCACAUUGCGGUCGACGUAAGAAGUGAACAAAAUGUGAUUUUCGCGUUGGACGGAAGAACCAGUACGUUGUGGAAAGUUUCGCACUGGCGUGAGGGAAGUACUUGGAAAUGGACGGAACUUGAAAGGAGAAAUAUUGUAGCUGGAGGACCAAUCAAAGCGAUGGCGUUGUUACCAGGAGAAUUCCUUUACUUCGCCUCACGCUCGGCUGUGAGCCAAUUUACUCUGGCUGGUUGCUCAAACUACCCAUCGUGUGCCCUAUGCGCUAUAGAUCCAUACUGUAGCUGGAACGUGGCCCGAUCAACCUGCUACCCUCGGGAAAAAGCCCAUGGGCAGAGUUUGGGGUGGAUCUCGUCCUGGGCUGGACGAGGCUCGUCUGAAUGCUCAGCUUCGGCCAAACCACGUACCCAGUCGGCCUAUCCGGGAGAUACCGUACACUUCCAGGGAACACCCAAUGGUGUCUGGAGGCGGGACGGGAACGAAAUCCUCCCGAAUAAUCGUAUUCUGUUCACUAACGAUGGUGGAUUGAUUCUGAUGAAUGUGUCGAAAGAAGACAAUGCCGACUAUGAAUGCACUGCAAAUGGGAAACAACUUGUAAAAUAUCGAUUGGUUGUAGAUCAUGAAGAAUGCACACAGCCACGAUCCGUGCAGGCUUAUAAGUCUUGUCAACGUGAAUGGUGCAAAAAAGCCGACCAAUACAAAGCUGCCCUAGCGGAUUGGCAUGAUGCCAAGAAAAGAAAUGCUCAAUGCCUCGUGAACGACUCAACCAGCCAUCUACACAAUCGUAUCGAAUGAGCCAGCCAAUCGAUAUAUUGAUUUUUCUUUCGUUCAAUGUCACUUGUUAGUACUUGUAUGUGCAUGUUAAGCUACAGCACCGCCGUUACUUGAGCUCAUUGAUCUCGUCAUCGCCGUUGUACAUUUUGUACUUAUUCACUUCUAGUGUUCUUUAUGGUUAUUGCUAUUUAUGGUUAUAGCUAGGAGCUUGUGUUUAUUUUGCGGUAUUCACUUGUCCGUAAAGCCUAGACCUGAUAAAAAAAAUUCUUG